AUGCUGCUGCGGGGCCUGCACAGAAUUUGUUCCUGCUGGCAUCCAAAAGUGCUCCUGCAUCUGUUGACCUGUGUGCUCCCUCCCAUGAGGGGUGGGCGCAGUGGGUCCCAGCGAGUGGAUUUCACCCCUGCCAGCCCUAAAGCAGCUGGCUGGUUCCAGCGUCAGUGCGCCCCAGUUCCCUCCCAUGAAGGGGUCAGGGAAAUGUCCUCCAUCAGAGAAUGUUACUGCACAUUCAGAAAUCAGGUGCACAUAAAAUUUAAGGUCAGGCUAUUAAAGGAAUCACAGCCAGUGUUGUUAGGCCUUCAUUUUUUCUAUCUUUUUGUCUGUUCAGACACGAUAACUUUUCUACCCAUCAUUUUUUCCAUUCUAGAAGUGGUUACAUUUGUUCUUGGAAAUUUUGCUAAUGGCUUCAUAGCAUUGGUAAAUUCCAUUGAGUGGGUCAAGAGACAAAAGAUCUCCUUUGCUGACCAAAUUCUCACUGCUCUGGCAGUCUCCAGAAUGGGUUUGCUCUGGGUAAUAUUAUUACAUUGGAAUGCAACUGUUUUGAAUCCAGGUUUACAUAGUUUAGGAGUAAGAAUUACUACUAUUAAUGCCUGGGCUGUAACCAACCAUUUCCGCAUCUGGAUUGCUACUAGCCUCAGCAUAUUUUAUUUGCUCAAGAUUGCCAAUUUCUCCAACUUUAUUUUUCUUCACUUAAAAAGGAGAAUUAAGAGUGUCAUUCCAGUGAUACUAUUGGGGUCUUUGUUAUUUUUGGUUUGCCAUAUUGUUGUGGUAAACAUGGAUGAGAGUAUGUGGACAAAAGAAUAUGAAGGAAACGUGAGUUGGGAGAUCAAAUUGAGUGAUCCAACGCACCUUUCAGAAAUGACUCUAACCAUGCUUGCAAACUUAAUACCCUUUACUCUGUCCCUGUUAUCUUUUCUGCUCUUAAUCUGUUCUUUGAGUAAACAUCUCAAGAAGAUGCAGCUCCAUGGCAAAGGAUCUCCAGAUUCCAACACCAAGGUCCACAUAAAAGUUUUGCAAAUGGUGAUCUCCUUCCUCUUGUUAUUUGCUGUUUACUUUCUGUCCCCAAUCACAUCGAUUUGGAAGUUUAGAAGGAGGCUGCAGAAUGAACCUGUCCUCAUGCUCUGCCAAACUACUGCAAUUAUAUAUCCUUCAUUUCAUUCAUUCAUCCUAAUCUGGGGAAGCAAGAAGCUAAAACAGACCUUUCUUUUGAUUUUGUGUCAGAUUAAGUGCUGAGUAAAAGACCUGAAACUCUCAAAUUUCUAGAUUCACAAGUGGGACAUUGUGUGUCUCCAAGAGAAAACAAACUGAUGUUGUCUGGAACAUUUUAUACUUUCUACUGGUUUUUCUGUAUUGUAUGUUUUUGAGUAAUUUCCAAAAGUAUAUCUAGAAAAGUCUUUUACCUAAAGUUAGUGUAAAAAGUAUCUAUAUAUGCAUGUGUAUGUGUAUAUGAAACACUUAGAGUGACAAUAACAUAACCUUAAUCAUUUUUUACAAACUGCCAAAUUAUAGAAAACAUUGUAAGAAAUUUUUCAGAAUCAUGAAGCCAUGUGUAUUCACAAUACAGUUCAUAUUAUCAUGUUUCAUUUGAAAAAUUUAUGAUCUCUAUUUAUAAUUGUUAAGAACUUACAUCUUAUUUCACA